UCCCUGCCCUUCCUAAACACACACACACCAAACUCACACACAUACACACACCCUCAAUCACGAAUGCACAGGGAUUGCAGCAGCAGCACCGUGAGAUGGAGAUCUCUGCUGUGUGUGUGAGUGCCUGCUCCCGCUGUCACUGCACCGGCUGCCUCUCGCUUAGUACUCCCCCAGGCUGCAUGAGCUGCUCCAGCGGUUGGACGGUACCCUGGCACCGGCUGAAUACAUGGAUGAGUACUGGCUCUGCAGGGGAUCUGUGCUUUCUUGUCCUCUUCACCUCUGAUCUGUUUUUCAAGAAAAUAUGGUGAGCAAGGAGGACACCCAAUGUGUUGAUCUCUCAAAUUCAGAUGAAUCAGACUCAGAAACGGGCCAAUCACACGCUACACACUCUGAACUAGAAUCAGGAGGGAAGCAGGUAAAGAAGAGAAACAAAGCCUUACAAGUGCGCUUCAAGGAUAUCUGCGAAGCUCAAAACGAAUACCGGGGAAGACACUCGAGAUCCAUUUCCUGCAAGGUAACCCACAGAAAGUACAUGACCAUGCCUGCCAGACGCUCUAUUCCCAAUGUGACCAGGAGCACUGGUGUACAGACCUCUCCAGACCUCACUAAGCGAUACAAGACGUUCCCGUUUGAGAGGAAAAAGGGACACACUUUUAAACAUACUGCUCUGGUGGAAGACUACAGGGGACAAAACAAUGGAUUUUUGAGUGAUAUAAAGACAAGAGGUGAUGAUGGACAGCCAACUGGAGAGUCGUCUGAGUACAACGGUAAGAUUGUGGGGCAGACAAAAGCCCUGCUUCACCACACUGAUGACAGCAGUGAUACGGAGGAUUUGCUCUCCAGUGCCAACUGUGUGGAUGGACCCUCGUGCCGAGAGUCAUCCCAUUUUACUGAAGAAAGCCAUCCAAGUGAAACUCCUUCUAAAGAGGAACCAGAAUAUCAAGUUUGUGGGAAAUGGACGAAACACAAAGGAUUACCCAAAGAAAGCUUUGAUGCUGGCACUUCCUCAAAGCGCCAGCUGGUGGACACUGAGAUUUCACAGGACAAGCCAAAAGGUAUGGGCCCAGUUGCAUGGAACUCUUUAACGCAAGUGGAAUCUAUAGGAAGCCCCUCUGUAAGCUGUAAACGGAAAAAGGGUGCACAGUCAAAUGAACAGCAUUCGCAGACUUUUCCUCACAGUGUCAAAUGCUCCGUGCAAUCGCAAGGGAAGUGUCGGACAAGGCAUGCAUCAGCUUCCUCCAAACUCCAGCAAACGGUUGGGGGGGAGGAGAGCUUUCCACCAGGAGGCAUGGAAGCCCCAGGCAUGAGGAGCAGCCAGCCGAUAAUACCUUUAUCUGGAGACAAGGAUAUCAAAGCACAGCUGCAGGCCAUGGAGAGCCUCAUCAACUCAAGCCAGGAGACCAUCAAGGUUCUUCUUGGAGUUAUUCAGGAGCUGGAGAAAGGUGAAGCUCAGAGAGAAGGGCUCUCCUAUAGAACAGGUCAAGACACAGCAAACUGUGAUACAUGUCGAAACAGCGCCUGCAUCAUUUACAGCGUGGAGCUGGAUUUUAAACAGCAGGAGGACAAGCUGCAGCCCCUGAUGAAGAGACUUUGCCCCUUGGACAGCAAACAAUGCCCCGCGCUGCCUUAUUCUAACGAAGUGUUCACAUCCACCCCUAAACGCAAAUCCAAGACAGAGUCCAAGAAGCAUGCUCGUUGGAAACUCUGGUUCCUUUGAAUGAAGCACGAAGGCUUUGGAAAUGGCCAUCUUAAUGGGGCACAAUCACACCCUGGGUAUCCUCGGAAGGGUUGAAGGAAAUAUGCAGAUGAGGAUGAUCAACCCAUUCAAAUGGAUGAUGCCGGAAGCCAGUUGAUUUUGGGGCUCUGAGCACAGACUGACUGGUCAUCUGGAUGACAGCAGAAACGUAAAACAUUAUAAAUUCAGUUAAUUCUUUUUCUGGCUUGUUUGCUGGAUUGAAUCAACACUUCCAAAAAACCAGCAUUUUACUACAAGAGGAGGUGCUGCGCAGUGGACCAUGAAUAACAGAAGCUAUACUCUUUGAAUGGACAUCAGCCCCAACUUCAGUAAAGCACAAAUCAAUCAAAAAUCUAAAUAUGUGUAAAAGACUAUCAGCGCUGUUCUUAUAACCUUGUACUAUCCCCUCCGCUUUUUUCCUGUUUUUAUAACUUGCUUCUCAUUUGAUUUUCUCUUUUCUGAUAGAUUGUCUGCUAAAAUCAUGUCUUUCUAGCUCUGUCUCUUUUCUCUCAAUCCCUGUCUUUAGCUCACCGUGCAGACGAAUAGCCAGGAAACAGAUGUUUCUCAUCUGGCUAUAGUCACAUUGAGAAUCUAUAUUUUACAAAAUAAUAAUCUUUUUAACAAUUUACUGUGAGAACAGAUUUUACAGCUUAAAUAUUGUGACUUCUCAAUAUUUUGAAAUUGAAAGCAAUUUUUCUGUGUUUCAGUUUUUUUUUUUUUUUUCAUUUUUCAUCAUGACAGCCUCACAACUUCAACAAAAUUUUAAUUAACAGCUGCUACAUUUUUUUGUUUUUCUUGUCACACAUAAAGGCUUUUUAAGCAUUUCUCAGUCCACCAAGUGUUACUUUAAUUCUCUUACUGAAGAUGUUGCAGCUUCAUAGCAAAACUGACUUCCUGUUUAACAUCCAGUUCCAUAGGUGCGUUCAUUUUUCUUGCCGUUCUGCUAGAAACGCAAUGUAUUUUUGUUUUCUUGUUUUCAGCAUGGCUGCACAGUGGUUAGAGCUGUUGCCUUGCAAGAAGGUCCUGGGUUUGCUUCCCAGCCUGGGAUCAUUCUGCAAGGAGUUUGCAUGUUCUCCCUGUGCAUGCGUGGGUUCUCUCCGGGUACUCCAGCUUCCUCCCACAGUCCAAAAACAUGACUGUUAAGUUGAUUGGUCUGGCUAAAUUGUCCUUAGGUGUGUGUGUGUGUGUGUGUGUGUGUGUGUGUGUGUGUGUGUGUGUGUGUGUGUGUGUGUGUGUGUGUGUGUGUGUGUGUGUGUGUGUGUGUGUGUGUGUGUGUGUGUGUGUGUGUGUGUGUGUGUGUGUGUGUGUGUGUGUGUGUGCGCAUAAUAUUUUGUCCUGUGUGUCUCUGUGUUGCCCUGCGAUGGACUGGCACUCUGUCCUGGGUGUACCCCGCCUGAUUGCCCAUUGACCGCUGGAGAUAGGCACCAGCCCCUCCGGAACCCUACAUGGACAAGCGGGUUCAGACAAUGGAUGGAUGGAUGUUUUCAGCAUCAGAAAUGUGUCUGUCAGCCCACACAAACAACUGUGCACUGAACUUGCAAGAGCAGAAAGGGCUACAUAAAGAGCUAAAGGAGUAAUUGCUCAGCAGGACACACUUGUAGCUACCAGCUUUGGUCAUGUAUAUAAAAACAAAAAACUGAAACACUGAUGAUGUAGCAGCAACACGCAGCUCGUGACAAAGCAGGUACUGAUUGAAUAGGAAGCCUUUUGUAACUUUAGAUUCGGGGUAGAUCAUUUUAAAUGUUAGGAGAAUAAAUGCUGGGCUCUCUUCAAUAGAAUAAACAAUGGGUGGCACUAUUCAAGCCACUAUUAUCCAUUCAAAGAGCCGUACCUUAAGAAAGUGCAAUUUAAUUAUGUGCAAUAUUAUGCAUUUUCUACUGUUUUUAAAACCUCAAUUAAAACAUUUUCAAUUGAAGGUGUUCUGGUGCGUUAUGUCUGCUGCAAAGGUUAAUGGAAUGUUGUUGGAAUGGAGAGCCAUGGAAAAAAAUGUGUUGAAUCAUCAGCAGAUUUUUGUAUUGAUGAUAAGCUGAAGUUAUGUUCUAUGAUUGACUCUGGGUUACAUUUAAAUUGUUCACACCUAAAUAUAUCUAAUUUGGGAGAAAAUUCUUAAAUAAGUCACUUAUAUUAUUUACCACACGUAAAAUGUACAAAACAUAAUUAGUUUUAUUGACCCAGUAAAAUAAUUGCUGACAUUAUUCCUCACAUUUUGUACAGCAAUGCUUGAAAAUCUGUUAUAAUUCACAAGAUGCAAGAGGAAUAUUUUUUAUCCAUGCAACUUUAAAAAGUUUAUGGUGUAUUUGAACUGUUAAGGUGGUAUUGCAUUAAGCUGCUUCAUAGGGGAGUGUUCAGCAUGUCUUGAAACAUUUCGAAGGUUUCUGAAUUCCCUUGAGUUAGUUGCAACAACUUGAUAUAAAGUAGCUGGAAUUUUGAACAUGUUAGAAGUACUCUUGCAAAAUAGUCACAGAGUCGUUCAGCCAUUGCAACAAAUAUGGAGACUUUCCGAGAGAAGAACGUAGCCAUUAAAAAGGAGUUACCUGCAAACCAAUGGAAAUUUAACCAAGACUCUAGCAAUUAUAUUGCACUGCAGUCACACAACUGUUGCAAGAUGUUUGCAAUUAUGUAAUGUUAAUCAUGUGACCUGAUUGUUUAAAAACUUGAUUUAGGUCAGUAAAUUAGCACAAUUUCAUUAAAAAAAUGUUGUUGUUUUGCAAUCCAACAGUAACAUCCAAUCAGGAUAAUGGCUUAACAUUUUUUUAUUCAAAAUAUGCUAAAAUGAACUCAGUAAGCACAGUUGCAGUAAAAUAUUUUAACUUUUAACACAUUUAUUGCAGCUUUAGUCACUACUGGACUUAUUUGUUGUAUAUUUUCCCUGGCAAUAGGGGGCAGCACAUACCUAAAUUAUUGCAAGCAAACUGGAUUUUUGUCUUUGAGUAAGAUCUUACCAAUGGAUGGCCAUUAGGGUCAAAAAUCCCUGGGAGUGCAACCUCCAGCAAAAUAACAAGCACAUCAGACUCCCUUUCAUCACUUGCAACGAGUGAAGAGGUAAAUGUGUAAAACCAUCACAUUUAUCAACGGUGAAAGUUUUGUAACCGUUUGUUACAGAUCAGUAAACACAUUUUGUCCCCACGGGUUCCCGUAAAAAGGAAACAUGGCGUCUAAUAUGGCGUCGCCCAGAGCCGUAGACCCGCUCCCAUGUAUUUUAGACCCAAUUUUUAUGGUUAUGUUACAAAGCCGCCAAUAUUUCUCAAAAACUGGGCAUCAUUUGAUUAAUUUUCAGCAACAUUUUGAUGGAUGUUUCCAGAGAUUAUUGGUAAAAGCUGCACAUUAUCUCUUCAAAUUUUGAUCUAUUAUAUACAUUUGAAAAGCUGAUCAAAUUCCAAACUCCUCCUAUACAUUUACUUCUGUAAAAGAAUUUAAUGUCAUCUUAAGUAAGUGCUUCUGCAAACUGCUUCAUAUUUUGUCCACAACAGGAUGUCAUGAGAAAGUGGUGUAUAGACAAAAGUUUUAGGUAAACCAGGGUAAAAAUGACCAAACAGAAAACCUUGUGUUUAAAUAAUGUUUAACAGACAUCAAUCCUCAGCUUAAUUAGUUGAUUGUUGCUCUGCAAGGGAGGGUUAAAAAACAGUCCUACAGUAUGUUUGGCCCCCUCAAGGACAAAAGUGAUUUACCAUGACCACCUGUCCUGCUUCGACAGACUCAGUUCAUUUGCAUGACAGCGUUUGCACCAAGUGCCACAUAUUGCCAUGGAAGGUGUGUUGCAGUGCUGACACCAAAGGGCACUGUGUGCAUAUUUUAGAAACACUAUCAGCUUUGAAAAAAAUGGCAGAACUUGACCUUUGAUAAAAGGAUGAGGAAAAUGCUGUUGGUAGUUGGUGUGUUUAAAACUUUGUUCCGAGUGCCAUUAAUGCUUGUCACACUCACAGUCCAUGUUUUCCUCAGACUAUGAUGAGGGCUGAGCAGCUGUGAAGCUGUGCUUGCUCCCUGCAUCUUCAGAUGUGAUUCAACAGAAAGAAGACACGCGACCCUCAAGUCUUGCAGGGGAGAUACAGUUCUAGUCCAUCAAACUGAGUGACCCGAUCCCACAUCCAUCCUUCGCUCUUUUCAUCACUACUGUGUCUUUCUUCAUUCCCUUCAGGAUAUUGCUUUUGUUUUUAUUUUAACAU